GAAUAUAACCGGGGAGGUGGCUGGUUAGUGCUGAGUCAACAGUGCAACUAAAUUGAGAAAGCAUAGAAGGAGAACAAAGGAAGAUUCUGUUGCUGUUGCCCCUUUUCUUCCUUUCUCAAUUUUCACAUUCUAUUCUAUUCUGCACUCUGCACUCACUCACUCACUCAGUCAUGUUUCAAUCGCCCACUCCCACUGGCAUCAACAAGCAUUCUCUUCAUACAAAUCCACUAUCCAUCCAAGGAGCUUCUUCAGCACUGGUGCCAGUGGAUUUGAAUGAAGGCACUGUUGAUGCAAAGGAAAGUGUGCAAAAUGGAGAAAUGCUACAAGUGCAAUCCAUCUUCCGACACUCCCAGAAACUGGAAGAUGAUCUACGUAUGUUAGGGACAAAAAUUAAGCAGCAUGAGAACAACCUAUAUCAUUUAAACUCUGAAAAAAACAAAUUAGAUGACUCCAUUCUUCACUUGCAAGUUACUAUUGGGAAAUCAGAGUCUUCAAGUAAGGCCACAAUUGGUGAUAUGGACAAUCCCAACCCUACAAAUGAUGAGGAAGUAAAUAAACAGAUAUUGCAGCAUGAAAAAUCUGCUGCUGGUAUUUUGUGCCAGCUUAAGAUUCGUCAUGGAGCUCAGGCUUCUCAUCUUACAUUGACAAAGGAUGUUGUGGGUAUUGUUGCUACUCUGGGCAAAGUUGAGGAUGACAAUCUUAGCAGACUUUUCUCGGAGUAUCUAGGAGUGGAGACUAUGCUGGCAAUUGUUUGCAAAACUUAUGAAGGGGUUAAAGCUCUUGAAAUGUAUGAUAUGGAAGGCUGCAUAAAUAAAAGUUGUGGUCUUCAUGGGCUAGGUGCUUCUAUUGGAAGGGCUUUGGAUGGUCGAUUUCUAGUGAUAUGUCUUGAAUAUCUGAGGCCUUAUGCUGGUAAUUACGUGGUUAAUGAUGCACAACGGAAGUUGGAUUUUUUAAUCCCAAGAUUGCCCAAUGGGGAGCUUCCAUCUGGAUUUCUUGGUUUUGCAGUGAAUAUGAUUAAUUUAGAUAGCUCAAACCUAUUUUGUGUAACUCCCAGCGGUUAUGGCCUCAGAGAAACUCUGUUUUAUAAUCUCUUUUCUCGUCUACAAGUAUAUAAGACAAGGGCUGAAAUGAUACAAGCACUUCCUUGCAUAAGUGAAGGAGCUCUUUCUUUAGAUGGAGGAAUGGUUAGGAGUUGUGGUGUAUUUUCUUUGGGCAAUAGGGAAGAUGUUGAUGUGAGAUUCCCCAGACCAGAAAGAUCAAUGAGACUUGAUAACCACCACAUUGAAAUUGAGAGACAAUUGAAGGAUGUCAAAUGGAAGAAAGAAAAGAUUAUGGAGGAAUUAAAAAGGGAACAAAUAUUGUUGGACACGACGAGGUUCAAUUACAAUAAAAAGAAGGCUGAUUAUCUUAAGUUUUUGGCACAAAGUUCAUCAGAUGCAACUCAGUUUCUGGAGGAUCGAAGGCCCCCCCUAUCCCCCUUCUUUCUUUCUUCUUCGCUGGGGAAUCUGUGGAUUGUUUAAUUGAUGUCUGAAUAAUUUCAAGUGGGCAAAAAUAUUUUCAAGAAAAAUUAGAUCGAAUAACAUCGAUUUGAUAAAAAUGGAUGAGUUUAAUAUACCAAAACGAGAGGACAAGGUUACAAAAGUAUACUGGAUUGGAUAUAUUUUCCAGUACUUGAUUCGGCUAUUAGAUUAGAGGUUGUGUUACGUUUAGUCCAAUAAUCCAUAAGCUGAGUGUGGUCCAAAGAAGGGAAGGAAAAGAGAGGUUUCUUAAUCUAGUAUGGUUUAAGAGAAGACAAGAGAAAUGUAAACUUGUGUUGAUGAGAAAUAAUUGGUAGGUAUUUCACUAUUUUGUCAUCGCAAAUACCUACCUAAAAGCAAGCUACGCCUCAAAUGGGAGCAAGUGUAAGGGAGAAAAAGCAUUAGCAGGUUGAACAUGUAAUUGGAGGGACAAUGAUGUGCCUCCCGAAAUAGGUCAAAACUGUUAUAAAAUUUACGAGAGCUUCUGAAAAAUGUUAGAACAAAUAUAGAAAGGAUUGAGAGCAACACGGUGAGAGAAAAGAGAAGGCUAAAAGAAAGAGAGUGUCCAGGAACAAAUCUUUUCUGCAAGUUGUUUUCCUUCCUCAAAUGUCUAAAAUAAGUAUUUAUGCUGUGUAAUGGCUAAAGUAUUAGUUAUUUUUAU